UUUUUUUUCAUUUUUACAGCUGCAAGUUGUCUGCAUCACAUUCUCAAAUCCCCAUUUUACUGCAUUCUGUUUUGUUUUUAUUAGUUCAUAAUAAUGUCCAGCCUGCAGACCUGUACUGCACUUUAUAUAUGUGGAGUGUGUCCCAUCAUUCACUUUACUUCCCAACUCAAUCCCACAUUUGCAGCCACCCCUUUCUCCAUCCACCUUCUCCCUCCAAUUCCCCUUCUUCCAAUCAAGAACUUAUAUUAGGGUUCAAGAAAUGCAGCAGCUGACAUUUGUACCUGCUGCUGUAUUUGUGAUCCUGGUUGCUGUUGUUGGUGCAGAAAAUCCAUACAGAUUCUUCACAUGGAAUGUCACUUAUGGCACCAUUUAUCCCCUUGGAGUUCCCCAGCAGGGUAUAUUGAUAAAUGGGCAGUUUCCAGGUCCUGAUAUUCACUGUGUUACAAAUGACAAUGUCUUCAUCAAUGUUUAUAACAGCUUGGAUCAGCCUUUCCUCAUCCACUGGAAUGGGGUUCAAAAUAGGAGGAAUUCGUUUGAAGAUGGAGUGUUCGGGACAACAUGCCCGAUCCCUCCUGGUCGGAACUUCACAUAUAUCCUUCAGAUGAAGGAUCAAAUUGGCAGCUUCUAUUACUUCCCAUCGUUGGCUUUCCACAAGGCUGCCGGUGGAUUUGGCGGCAUUAGGAUCGCCAGCAGGCCCUUAAUCCCAGUCCCCUUUGAUCCUCCAGCCGAUGAUUACACUGUCUUGAUUGGCGAUUGGUACAAGACUAAUCACACUGCCCUGAAAGCAAUUCUCGACAGGGGCAAGAAGCUGCCUUUUCCCCAUGGAAUUCUCAUCAAUGGUCGCGGUCCAAACGCCACCUCCUUCAGUGUCGAACAAGGGAAAACAUACCGGUUCAGGAUCUGCAAUGUCGGGUUGCAGAACUCACUCAACUUCCGGAUUCAAGCGCACAAGAUGAAGAUAGUUGAAGUCGAAGGAACACACACCUUGCAGAUCAGCUAUUCUUCCAUAGACAUCCAUGUCGGCCAAUGCAUGUCCGUUCUCGUAACAGCCGAUCAGCCUUCUCAGUCCUACUACAUCGUCAUAUCCUCCCGCUUCACCACUCCCAUCCUCACCACGACAGGCUUCCUCCGCUACGGCAACUCAAACCGCCCUCCCUCCGGGCCCCUCCCUGGCGGCCCAACGACUCAGGUCGACUGGUCCCUCAACCAGGCACGCUCCAUCAGGUCGAAUCUUACAGCAAGCGGCCCAAGACCGAACCCACAAGGCUCGUACCACUAUGGGAUGAUAAAGACUGCAAGAACCAUCCGGCUCGCCAGCUCAGCAGGUCAGGUUGACCACAAGCAACGAUACGCAAUCAAUAGCGUAUCUUAUGUUCCGGCCGACACCCCCUUGAAGCUUGCCGACUAUUUCAAGAUAAGCGGAGUUUUCCGCGUGGGGAGCAUACCCGACGCCCCCAAUGGCAGGGGUAUAUACCUCGACACACCCGUUUUGGGCGCCGAUUACAGGUCUUUCAUCGAAAUCGUGUUUGAAAACUACGAGAAGAUCAUCCAGAGCUACCACCUCAACGGCUACUCCUUCUGGGUAGUUGGGAUGGACGGCGGGCAAUGGACAUCGGCGAGCCGGAACCAGUACAAUCUUCGCGAUGCAGUCUCCCGGUGCACAGUUCAGGUGUACCCCAAAUCAUGGACAGCCAUCUACAUUGCACUGGAUAACGUCGGGAUGUGGAACUUGAGAUCGGAGUUCUGGGCUCGACAGUACCUCGGGCAGCAGCUUUACCUCAGAGUUUACACGGCGUCGACCUCAUUGAGAGACGAGUAUCCGAUCCCGAAGAAUGCUCGCCUUUGUGGGAGGGCAGCAGGGAGACACACGAGGCCCCUGUAAGACAUGGGAACCUCUCCCACUCCUCCAGACUAUAUAGUUUUAUGACUAGAGUGUUCAUCCAUCGUCGAGGACGCCCGUCGUGGUCGAUGAUCUUUCAAAUUCAAUUGUUGGGUGGGUGUGCUGCUGCUGAAUCGGCACGGCACAUCUCCCUGCAGAAUAUAUAUUAAGUUAUGUAAGUUAAUGAUCGACCUUAGCUCAAGGUCGCAGGCAUUCUUUUUUUCACUUUGAACUCACUCAUUACUACUGUUUCAUAAUUGUAUCAGUUUCUACGCAGUUAUUGAUGUUCCACAAUAAAUCAGGUCUUCCUUCUU